UCAUUCGAGCGUUUUAUUGAACGGAAUUCAAAACAAAGCUUCGACAAGAUAAAGAUCCACUAGAUGUCACUGUGUACAGUAAGUUAUCGAUAAAUUAUAAUUUUACGAAAUGGAGUACAAGUGACCGGCUUUCUGUAACAUACGACGGGAAAUCAGGAUGAGUAGGCCAAGAGCAUAUUCGAAAUCAGGGAAUUCCCUGUACGAACUGCUUGGUCUGAAGAAGGAAGCCACCCACGAUGAAAUUAGAAAGGCUUAUAGAAGGUUGGCACUGCGGUUCCACCCUGACAAGAAUCCAGAUAACCCAGAAGCAGCAGAAAAGUUUAAAGACAUAGCCAAGGCACACACAGUUCUAACAGACACAACCAAGCGUGGAAUCUACGACCGGUAUGGCUCUAUGGGUAUUUACCUGGCCGACCAAAUCGGAGAGGAGAAUGUCAACAUGUACCUAACUCUGACAAGUGGCUGGUGUAAGGCGUUGUUUGUGUUCUGUGGGCUGGUCACGGGCUGCUACUGCUGCUGUUGUUGCUGCUGCUGCUGUAACUUCUGCUGCGGAAAGUACAAGCCACGCGCGCCAGAUGAGGAGGGAGAGUAUGCCAACCUACAUGUAAAUAAAGAUGAGUUCAGCAGUCCCGAGGACCAAUCACCGGUGACGGCCCAACCCCAGGGCGGAUCAGCAACCAUCGCGAUGGGACCACCUCCGUCGGAUGCAAAUGAAACAACAAGUCUCAAUGCUGAGUCAAAGCCAACAUACGGAGUUGACGGAAAUGAGAUCGAUCCGACCAAUCAAAGCGAGCCACACACACGACAGAGGCCUCCACUCUUUGAUGACGACAUGGCUCACAGCUAGUUGUUGUUUUGUCUAGAACUUUGUUUACUGUUAUGGUGCGAGAUAUAUGGGUGUAUGGACGCAGUGCGUCUAAAUGUAGUGACUGUUAUACAUUUUCGUAUCAGAAAGUAAGACAAACUUACUAUAUAUAGUAUAUACUAACCUAGAACAGUACCGGUUAUAUGUUACUAAAUAAAAUGUUUACGGAUGUAUCAAAACAUUAAAAUUUCUAAUAUCUACCACUGAUAUUGAAAAGAAAAGGGUUGGAAAUCCAGGUAGUCUGAAACUUGCUGUAAUAAAAAAAAAAAAAAAGGAUAAAAAG